AUGCCAGAUUCUGCUAUAAGUAUCUCGGAUACCGAUAGUGAAAUAUCUUCUAAAAAAUAUAAUUUCUCGAAGGAUGAUACUUUGACUAUAUCUACAACCAUAUCUACAACCGAGAGUAAUUCGUAUUCAUUUGAUGAUGACGACGGUUUUGAGGAUCUUGAUCACCUUAUUAAUGAACGACACAUAAAGGUAACUAAUUGUGAAGCUCAUUUCGAGGAUUCGGAACCUGACCCAAGUAAACUUAGGACUUUGUUUAGUCUUUUGAAAAAUUUAAUCGGGGUUAAAGACAUUGUCUCAUUGCGAAUUUCACUUCCAUCACAACUUCUCGAACCUAUUGGAAAUCUAGAAUAUUGGAAUUAUAAUGAUAGACCUGAUUUUUUAACUUGCAUUGGUGAUUCUGACGACCCAUUGGAGAGAAUGCUUGCUGCAAUCCGAUGGUGGUAUACCAAAGAUUUGAAAUUUGUGAAAGGAAAAUUGGUCAAACCAUAUAAUUCAAUUCUAGGAGAACAAUUUAAAUGUCAUUGGAAUGUACCCGCUCCAAAAUUUGAUAAAAAUGGUCAUUACAUAAAUAAUGACAAAACCAACACGUCAGAAAAAAAAUAUCUAGUUACAUGUCUUAAUGAACAAAUAAGUCAUCAUCCACCUGUAUCAGCUUUUCAUUAUCACUGUGAAGAAACGGGUGUGUCUGCUUAUGGAAUAGAUCAAAUUUCGGCAAAAUUUACAGGAACUUCCGUAAAAAUUGGUCCUGGUGAUCAAAACAAAGGAAUUUAUAUUAACUUGGCUAAAAGAGAUAAUGAAGAAUAUUUAUUAACUCAUCCUGUGGCUUCCAUUCAAGGGUGGUUGAAAGCUUCCUUAUAUAUCGUAGUAGGUGAAUCUUGUAUUGUUACAUGUCCAAAAACAAAAUUGAAGGCUAUUUUAGAAUAUAAAGAAGAGCGAUGGAUUGGAAAACCAAAAUUCGCAAUAGAGGGCAAAAUUUUCAGAUACGAUCCACAUAAUGAUGACAUAAAAAAACUAAAAAACAUUGACGACAAAGAUGUGGUUGCUGAAAUCUCUGGGUCUUGGCGUGGAAUA